AUGUCUCUACUCAAAUCCAGGACGCAGACAUCAUCACGAAAAACACUCAUACUGGUGGGUGUGUUGUUCUUCUUGGCAAACGCUGCUUUUUUUGUAUUUGUGAUGAAACGACGAUCUUCCUCCGAUGCUCACCAGGAUUUGUCCUUGAUUAGUGACAACGACAUGGAUGUUCAUGGAGAUUUUCCAUCAGACGAUACCAUCACCUUCCUGAAAAACGAAAAAUCAUUAUUGGAACAAGAACAACAAAAUAUAAAGGAUGACAGCAAUGAUCAAAAUUCCAAUACAAAACAAACUUCUUCAAAAGAAUCCUUCGAGUUGUCACAACGAUUGAUUCCGUCGAAUUCAAAAUCCAACACUCGAAUGGUUCCAAUGAAUGUUCUUGGUGAAGAAUUUUAUGCCAUCACCAUUGCAACAAAAAUCAACGAAAAUGCUUGCAAAUUAAUCUAUUCCGCUUUAAGAAAUGGAAUUAAUUUCAAUAUUUUGGGAUUCGGAAUGGAACAAUUCACUCUCUCUCAAAAAAUUGACAUUACUUUUGAAGAAAUUGAAAAAGUGAAAAAUCCAAAUGCCAUUUUGAUGUUCUUGGAUGCCUACGAUGUGGUUGUUUUGCAACAUGCAGAGGCAAUUGUUUCUAAAUUUUUGAACAAAUUUCAAGGAUACUCUGCAGUCUAUAAUGCAGAAAUGAAUUGUCAUCCUUUUGGUGUGGUUGAAAGUGCAAAGAAACGAUGGGGAGGUGAUCCGUAUUGUUUAAGCCAAUAUCCACCAUCUCCAAACAGGUUUAGAUAUUUAAAUAGUGGAGCGUUUAUUGGAAGACAAUCCGCACUGUUGGAUCUUUACAAGAAAAUUCUUGCGUUACCACAAGAUAUUAAGGAAGAUUUGUUCGAUGAUCAAGGAAUGACUGCCUAUGUUUGGUUGACUCAAGCAAGAGAUUAUCUCACUUUGGAUUACAGAGGAGAUUUGUUCUUGUCACUUUUAGAAGUACAAGCUCAUGAAUUCAAAGUUCACAACAAGAAUGAUCCUCCUUCUCGUGAAGAAGAUGUCGCAGCUACACAUGCUGAUUUUUGGUUGAAAUUUAAAACUCAUCACAACUAUCCAGCCACACUUCAUGGAAAUGGUUGGGGAAAAUGGACCUUAUUCUCUGUGGAAGCAUCAUUGCCGUGGAAUUGGAAGAAUUUGGAAUUUACCAAUGCAAGUGAUUUUGUUUGGAUUAAUGGAGAGAAAACUAGUUUCAGUUCAAUAUGUGCCAAGAAUUAA